CAUUUACACGUAUCAUGUGGAAAAUAAACAGAACCGGGCGUUAUAAUGAAGACCAGCUCUAUCCCGGCAGCAUGGCGCUGAGAACCGAGUUUCCUUUCCUCCCCAAACCCUUUUCUUUUUGGGUUGUUGUAUGUUUUUCGGGCUGUAUGGCCAUGUUCCAGAAGUAUUCUCUCGUGACGUUUCGCCUACAUCCUCAGAGGUUGUGAGGCAAUGAGCUCAGAGCUGUACCAGGAAAUUGCAAACCAUUUGUAGCAAAGCAGAAGCAACAACCCUGAGAAGAAGCUGCCUCUGUAGCUAAUCAUCAAGAACGUGACCAUGGGAAAGACGGCUUCUAAACAAUUUGCAGAUGAAGUCUUGAAAGCUCACAACGACUACAGGAAGAAGCAUGGGGUUCCUUCUCUAAAACUCUGCAAAAAUUUAAGCAGGGAAGCACAGCAGUAUUCCGAAGCACUUGCUAGUACAAGAAUCCUGAAACACAGUCCUGAAUCUAGCAAAGGAAAAUGUGGAGAAAAUCUAGCAUGGGCUUCCUAUGAUCAGUCAGGGAGUGAAGUAGCUGAAAGAUGGUACAAUGAAAUAAAUAAUUACAACUUUCAGAACCCAGGAUUUUCCUCUGGGACAGGACACUUCACAGCAAUGGUUUGGAAGAGCACAAAAAAGAUGGGAGUUGGAAAAGCAGCAGCAAGUGACGGCUCCACCUUUGUGGUGGCCCGAUAUGUACCUGCUGGCAAUAUUGUAAACCCUGGCCAGUAUGAACAAAACGUUCUUCCACCAAAGAAAUAACUCAGUCACAUGACAGAGCAGAGGACUACUUUCAACAACCAAGGAAAGCAAAACUGGGGAAUCGAUUGCAUUAGAUUGGGCAGACCUUUAAGUUGAAAUGAAGUCAGAUGGUAUCCUGUGCUUGCAAACAAUAUUUAGAAGAGAAUUGUACAACCUUUUUUUGCCCUGAGGAGUGCAUCUGGUUUUGGUUAGGGUGAGGCGUAUGCUUCGUCUCCCCAACCCACAGUCUGUAGGGUUACAAAAGUCCCCUCUCUGGAGCUGUAGAUUGCUGGAAAGUGAUAAGAGGUGCUCAUUUCCAAUAGCCUUCCAUCCAUCUCCACUGAGAUCACUAUUUUUAUCCUGAUAGAGACAGAAAACUAAGCAAUCUCUAAAACAUGGGAAUAUGUUGAGUUUUUUUUUUAUUACAGCCAAGUUGAUCAGGAGAAAGUGAACAGGGACUUCACAGGGAAUGGCCAAUGGAUUUGUAUCACUUUUUACAGAGACGGCAACUUCAAACAUGCUUAAGUCAGGAGCAACCCCAUCUGCACCAUCAAAAUGCACUUUUUGUAUGGAACCAGUCCUAAGGUACAGAGGAGCUGCUUCAAACAAAAUGGGGAAUGUGCAAAAUUAAAAGUUUAUAUGAAUGUUUUUAGAGCUCUGCAUUUCUGCAGGGUACAUUUUCAAAAUCCAUUUGUAACAUACUAGUUAUACCAAAAUGUUGUAAUUUUAAGAUUAUUCUUUUAAUCUGUUUAGAUGUUCCAACGUUUUAAACUAAGCAGCCAAUCACCUUAAUUUCUGUGGGACUAACAUUUUUUUGCAGUGAAGUCUUAACUUUAACUCUUAGUCUUUAACACUCUUAACCUCUUCCAUUGUGUGACAUAUAUUGCACGUGGAAAAAUAGUGGUCAUUUUACGUAGCACUGUAGAGAACAGUAAGUGGAAAUGGCAGUUUUUAAUAUAAUGAACAUGUUAUGCUGUCAUUAUGAAACAUUUUCCAAUUGGAAUCUGAAUUCAAUCUAGGAUUCAUAUAAUGUAUCAAUAAUACUUGGCUACAUUUUGGUACACAAUUAUAUAUUCAUUAUAGUCACUCAGUGCAUGUAUGUUAGAGGUUCUCUUUGACCAGAAUAUUUUCUGUGGGAGUACAGGGAAAUAAUAGAAUAUGAAUAAAGAAUCCAAGUU